AUGGCACCUCCUCCGAUGCACCCCAAUAGAGGACCUUCCCAGCUGCAGCAACUGCCUCCUCAUCUUCAAGCCCAGGCACAGGCCCAGGCCCAGGCCCAGGCACAGGCCCAAGCUCAAGCACAGCUCCAGAGCCACGCAUCCGCCCCAGGCACAGCGAAUGCGCCGGGCGCAAUGCCAGGCAUGAUGCCACAGGGCAUGCUGCCAGCAACGGCGCAAGGCCUGAAUCCGGCUCAACAAUGGGACAAGGUCUCGUUUGCCAAUUUUGACUGGUCUCUAUACGACUACCAUCCAGCCGACGAUGGUGGUUUCUGGCAGCUACAGCCUGGGUACCCGCCCUCGGACACCCUUCCCAGCGUGAUACCCCUCGCCGUCACCAACCGAUCGCCCGUACAGCAACCGAAAGAUAUUGAGUGGACAUGUCUCAGCGCGGCAUGCCCCUCCAAGCCGUUCAAGCGCAAGACCGACCUCGACCGCCACUACAAGCAAGCCCAUGCAGACGGCAUCUCCACACCCGUCGCUGCGCUCGGGCCUCCUCCCUCGGGCGACGAUGUGCCUAUGACCGGCACCGGCUCCGUGCCGCCACAAGUGCUGGCCUCUAAUCCAGCAGCAGCCGCCGGCGCUGUCGGCUCCCCUCCGCCGCAGGACGGCAGCACCAAUGGAAAGGAUGCGAAAGAAAAGGAGAUGUUCCACUGCGACUAUGCCGCCUGCCCCCGGCGCACUGAAGGGUUCAGUCGCAAAGACCGUUUCCGGCUGCACCUGCAGGAAACGCACAAGGAAGACGUCAAUAAAAAAGGAGGAAAGAUUGAAGAUUCAUGGUUAGACAGCCGUAAGAUGUCUGCCAAGUGGUGGCGCUGUACAAAAUGUCUCGAUCGCAUCAAGAUCGAAGAGCACGGGUGGGAAUGUCCCAAGGACAACCUCAAGUGUGAAACGAGGCGGCGCGAAUAUCGCGAGAAGAUGUAG